AUGAGACUGGAGAAUUGCAUCUCAGGAGUAAUAGGAGAAGCUACAAAAAGCUGGUGCAGGCCGCUUUGCAGACGCCGCUGUCCCUUCUCACCACUUUCUGUAGCCAUGGUCAACCCCACCGUGUUCUUCGACAUCGCGGCCGAUGGCGAGCCCUUGGGCCGCGUCUCCUUCGAGCUGUUUGCAGACAAAGUUCCAAAGACAGCAGAAAACUUUUGUGCUCUGAGCACUGGAGAGAAAGGAUUUGGAUAUAAGGGUUCUUCCUUUCACAGGAUUAUUCCAGGAUUCAUGUGCCAGGGUGGUGACUUCACACGCCAUAAUGGCACUGGCGGCAGAUCCAUCUACGGAGAAAAAUUUGAGGAUGAGAACUUCAUCCUGAAGCAUACAGGUCCUGGCAUCUUGUCCAUGGCAAAUGCUGGACCAAACACAAACGGUUCCCAGUUUUUUAUCUGCACCACCAAAACUGAGUGGCUGGAUGGCAAACAUGUGGUCUUUGGGAAGGUGAAAGAAGGCAUGAACAUUGUGGAAGCCAUGGAGCGUUUUGGGUCCAGGAAUGGCAAGACCAGCAAGAAGAUCACCAUUUCCGACUGUGGACAACUCUAAUUCUUUUGACUUGUGGGCUUCUUACCCACCAGACCAUUCCUUCUGUAGCUCAGGAGAGCACCCCAGCCCCAUCUGCUCGCAGUACCCUGUAAUCUCUGCUCUCACUGAAGUUCUUUGGGUUCCAUAUUUUCCUCAUUCCCCUUCAAGUCUAGCUGGAUUGCAGAGUUAAGUUUAUGAUUAUGAAUAAAAACUAAGUAAG